GAGGUUAGUCGCCGUACGGCAGCGCGUUGGUGUCACUCCGUCACCCCCCUCCGUCAGCAGCCCGAUAGAGCCGGGCGCCGAGCGCGCACUCACCACUCCUAGUACCCGCACGACCUCACGUCACAACAACGACAUGACCGCGUGGCCCGCCGUCGCCCUAUGUUUACUGGUGUGCACGUCCCAAUGGGCGUCCGCUGAUGUGGAACUGAUCACAAAACCACGACCGGGCGAAGAAUAUGUUAUUGUCAGUUCGGGUCAACAGCCCGCUCCAGUCAAGGCAUCCGCUAAACAUGAAAACAAAAUACCUUAUAAGCACAGACAAAAACCGUUGCUCACUACCGUAGCACCCGCAACGGACAGCAAAAACUUUGAUUACAUUCCUAUUAAUUUCGAUUCUAUCGACGAUAUAAACAGUGGUCUGUUAACAUCAAACGUUAACUUUGAGCCAGCCGGCACAGAACAAAAACAGCAUUCCAGAAUCCAAAUUAAGAAGGGGCCUAACGGGCAAGACUAUGAAUACGAAUACGUUUAUUAUUACUAUGAUGAAGAGGAUGAAGUCAAAAAAGAGGGAAAAAACAAAGACAAGGACUCUACCACUUCCGAGCCUCUAGUUCACAAUUCUCAUGACGGUCCACUUAAAUCCGACACAGACAACCACAUCGGAAACGAAAGUAAAACAAAAUACACAACGGUAGAUAGGUCUCGAACAACAACCACUACGGCAGCUCCAGAGACACAAAACGAAGUCCUGCCGCCGUCAACCAGGGGUCGCGGACGUGGUCGUAACAUAGCUCCUCCACCAGUCGAGGAAGAAGUUGAAGAAGACAAUACUAGGUUCCCCUCGAGCACACGGUUCCCUCCUCGUGGUCGCAACUUGGCAUCAGCUACUAGCACUACUACUUAUGUACCGGAAGUUUCUUCGGAAACUGUGAGGCAGCGCGGUCGUCAAUCAGACAGUGUAGCUGAUGAGUCCAUUGGUCAGACCAGAAGCAGGACCCGUGCGCACAUCAGGCGCCCAAGUUCAGAGUUGGUCGACCUCGACAGCUUCAAAACGAACUCUGGUGACAUCCCACUUCAAUACAAAGAGCCCCCGACGAGGUAUUCUUCCGAGAGCAAAACAACUACCGAAGAAAUUCCCGCAGCCGAGACCAGUGACGAAGAAUCUGCUAAUCACAAGGAGCCCACCAGAGAAGGUCACAGCUUGUUAAGUGGAAUAAAAUUCGAGGAGAUUGUAGAUGAUUCGAAGCUGCCCGCAGACUACAAGCUGACUACGACGUUCGAGCAGGAAACAACUGAGUACACCACCAUGACGGCGAUGGAAAAGGUCGCUCUCGAUCUAUACGCGUACUUGGCGGGCGAGAACUUAAACAACGAGGUCAACCCGACCAGCGGUGACCUGAUCAACUUCGACGGCACCACAACUGUUGACGAUGAAGCUGCGACCACCGAGGAGCUGAGUACCACUGAAGAGGCUACAACAUCGACAACUACUACCACCACGACCACCACAACCACUACCACCACCACUCCGGCUCCGACUACAACCACCACGACCACUACGGCUGCUCCGUCUACUCGGCCCUCAAGGUUCAAGGGACGCGCCGGAGCUAGGUCUCGUGUUUCCACCGUUUCUACCGCCGCUACCGAAGCUCCAGCUGAAACCUCCACAAGAACUAGAGGUCGAUUCAGUAAGCCUGGCGUGGGUCGUCGGACUUCUGCUGCCGUUCCCGAAGGUACAACAGUUGCACCCGCCGCCGCCGCUGACAAGCCCACUACGAAGCAGGCAUUCGGUCGUCGUGGUUUGUUCGCAAGCCGCACUCGUCCCAGUUUCACUACAGCUGCCCCAGCGUCUGAUGAUGGAAGCGUAGCAUCGGAAGCCAACGCUGACACUCCAGCACCAAGGCCUCGUCUACGUCCCGGUCUCAGAAGGACCUCAACCACUACAACGACAGCCGCCAGUGCAGCAUCGUCUGAAGACAACACCGGCGCUACCUCUGGAGAAGUCGUGGAAACUACUCCCACCCCAGGAAGGACCCUAGGUCGUGGACGUCCUGGCCUUCGACCGGCUUCUCUCCGUCCAGGCCCAAGGCUUAACCUGAGGCCUAACCCUAGACUCCGCCCCGGAGUUGCCACUCCCGCGCCUGCUGAAACCGCUUCCGAAGUGCCUGCAGAGACAGCUGCUCCUGAAUCACCUGUAACUGAAGCGGAUUCCGAAAGCUCAUCUCCGACAACUGCUCCGGAAGCACCUCGAGGUGGAGUUAGACUGCGCAAUCGUCUUCAGGUGUCCCCGUCGCCUAAGCCCAGGGUUGUGGUGACACCUCCAGCGCGUAGGCCGAACCCACUACUUAAGAGGAAGCUUGCUUCUCCCUCAACAGAGGCUACAACCGAAGCACCUAAAAAAUCAACGGAAACUACCGAGGAAAGCACCAGCGCUGAGAAAAGUGAGACGGAAACGGAACCUCAGCCCGCAGAAACUACACCGGCUCCUCCACUCCGUGGUCUGGACGCUCUCAUCGCGAGGAGACGAGCCGCCGGCGGUAUAGGAGGUCGACCAGCCCGGCCCGCGCGAGGAGCUUUCUACCACCCCAAAUAAACCACUAAACAACCUACAGUGAUUCUAGGUGAUAGCAAUGACGUGAUGCUGAUCUAUUUCUAACUAGCUGACCCGGCCGACUUCGUAGUACCUCAAUCGAUAAAUAAAAGACUUUUGUAUAAAAUAAACUUAAAACAAACAAAAGGUAUCCGUC